UCCUUGGGUUAUUGCAGUCAAAGUGGCCAACGCGUUUUUCUACUGUUAAGAUACCCCUUUGCUAUUUGGAGUCUACGGGUUUAUAUUGGCUUGGAAACAAACGCGUCGCUCUCUUUUCCGCCUAUCACAACUUCUAUGAAUUGAAGCGGAACCCGCCCGAUUCAUGCAAGAUGGAUCAUCCUACAUCUGUCCAACAACGGAAGGAUGAAAUAUUGGCAAAGAAGGCGAAACUGGCAGAGUUGAAGCGCCAGCGAGAAUUGCGAGCGAGAGAGUUCUCAGCCACCAGACAAAGCAUCGGAGAUACUUCAGAUGUCAUAUCGCCGAGCCCAAGUCGAGUAGAUAGUAGGAAGGAAUUGGAUUCUCUCAUAUCUAGUCUUGUGGGAGAAAGCAGACCUUCGUCAACCGGGCCCCGAGACCCAUCGUCACCAGCACUCAGAAGCCGUCCGACAUCGGUAGUGAGCGGCAGUCAGCUCAGCGGUGAUCAACUCGAUGUGUCCAGAUCUCCAAAGUCGCAGACAUCAGCGGCACCACCACAACGAUUAUCCUUCGCGCCCUCGGUUACCGUUUACGACGUCGAUCCAGGCGUGACCGCGCCUCCACCGAAACCUAAACCCGAGUACGUCACCUACACCAAGUCUGUUCAGACUUCCGAGGAGUGGACUCCACUGCGGCAGGAUGAUGACCCUGGAAAUGCCGACGUCGAAGGUUCUCCUUCAAAGAAACGGCCGAGCCUACGCGAACAGAUGCGAGACGAGGAGCUACGACAACAGGUUCGGAAGGAGAUGGAAGCGGAAUUGCGAGCUGCAGAGGCUAGUGGCGCGGACGCGAUAUCACAGAGGGAUGUCGAUGGAAAACAAAACUUCCCCGCAAGGGCGCUUACGGAUGAGGAAUUGAACGCGGUGACCGGCUCGGAUGAAUUCUUGGACUUCGUGGAACGGUCGAGUAAGGUCCUCGAGCGAGCGCUCGAUCAAGAGUACGACAUCUUGGCGGACUAUGCUCUCGGGGGGGGAAAUGCCCUAGACGAAGAAGAAGAUGGGUACGGAGCACCGCGAAAGAAGUCGAGGCGGGUGAAGGAUAUUGCACAUUUUUGGGACGAUCGGUGGAGUAAGAAGCGAGUUAUUAGCGAUAUAGGCUUCUCACCAAAGUUCCCAGAAUUAGUGCUGGCGUCCUACACCAAAAACCCAUCCGCACCUCACGACCCAGACGGCGUCGUCCAAGUAUGGAACCUGCAUAUGCACGACAGGCCGGAAUAUAUAUUCCACGCGCAAUCCGACAUCCUUACCGCCAAGUUCUCCCCGUUUCAUCCUCAUCUUAUCCUUGGGGGGUGUUACUCUGGCCAAGUUUUACUGUGGGACACACGAACCAACCGCUCGUCACCAGUUCAAAAGACCCCCCUAACCGGUUCCGGCCAUACUCACCCUGUGUACGCCCUCGACAUAGUUGGUACGCAAAAUGCCAAUAACAUCAUCUCCGCAUCAACCGACGGUGUCGUCUGCUCCUGGAGUGUGGACAUGCUGUCACAACCCCAAGAAUACCUCGAACUCACCAACCCGCACGGCACCAAAACCGACGAAUUCGCACCGACUUGCAUUGCAUUCCCGGCAUCAGACCCCACCUACUUCCUAGCCGGAAGCGAGGAAGGCGUCAUAUUCCCCUGCCAUCGAUAUGACCGAGCGGGAGCCAAAGCCGGGCUCGACCCACGCCUAAGCUACCGUGCGCACUCUGCACCAGUCAUGUCCCUCGACUUCCACCCCGCACGCGGUCCCGUCGAUCUAGGCGAUCUCGUUCUAUCAUCCUCACUCGACUGGACCGUCCGUCUCUGGCGCGCCCGGCCACCGUCCGCGACCGCUGCUGCCGCAGCCGGCGUGACCCCAGCGCCAUCUGCCGCCGCCAACGCCAGCGCGACCAGCCCGCUCAUGGAAUUCCCGCGUGAAGACCUCGUCUAUGACGCAAAGUGGUCGCCCAUCCGCCCUGGAAUCUUCGCGCUGGUCGAUGGAGCCGGAAGCCUGGAGAUCUGGGACGUGAACAACGACGUGGAGAUCCCGUCCGCCAAGGUUAAGCCGAGUGAGCUACGGGCGAAGAGUGGCAAGUUUGCAGGAAUGGCGCUCGGGGGGAUGGGAAUGGGGGCCCGGAAUAGUUUGAAUAAGGUGGCUUGGGAGGGGACAGAAGGCAAACGAAUCGCCACAGGGGGGCUGGAUGGGGUGGUGAGCGUAUUUGAGGUUGGGAAUGAGUUUGGGGGGACGGAAGGGCAGAAGAGCGAGGAGUGGGCGGGGGUUAAGAAACUGGUGGUCCGCUGUGAGGCCGAGAUUGAGGGUAGAAAAGCCAGAUGACGGAGUACUCCGCUCGAUAGGGCUGAUACCGUACUACCAUCAAGUUUCAGAUAUUAUCCAAUAAUAGUGGUGAUCAUCUC